UCUCCUCCGGCUUGGCGCCGAAUUCCAUCUCUCCGCGUGCGCGCUCGCGCUCGCCCUCUGGAACGAGCGAACAAGCCAGCGAGUGCGCGCGCGCGAGGGGUGUCCAUCCUCCGCAGUUUGGAGUUUGUGAUGUGUCUCAGACUCCGUGAGCGCCGCGCGAGAGCGAGACCUGCGGAGCGAACGCGCCGGAUCCUGAAGCGACCGUUACCCUCUAACAGACGACCUGCCUUUCUCCUUCCUGAUUUUCCCCGUAUUUCUUCACAGUGUUCCUCGCACUAGCGCUUUCUUUCAGCGCCAGGUCACUUUUUGUCUUAUCACAGGUGCAUUUGCGAUCCUUUGACGUACUUUUCUCACUCACUGGGAAUUUCCGGACAUCUGAGGAUCGUGUGGAUGCGCGGUUUUGGAGAGAAGCGGAGAUGGAAUUGUUGAUAAUAUACCUUUCUUUUGGGAUAUUGCAAUGCAGUUCGGUGGGAGCCGACUCCAUCAUUCACAUCGGUGCCAUUUUUGAGGAGAACGCAGCAAGGGAUGAUGAGGUGUUUCAGUUGGCGAUCUCUGACCUCAGCCUCAACGAUGACAUUUUGCAGAGCGAGAAAAUCACCCACUCCAUAAAAUAUAUUGAACCCAACAACCCCUUUCAGGCAGUCCAGGAAGCAUGUGAACUGAUGACGCAGGGGAUCCUGGCCUUGGUUACAUCUACAGGCUGUGCCUCAGCAAGCGCUCUGCAGUCCCUGACAGAUGCCAUGCACAUACCUCACCUUUACGUCCAGAGAAACGCUGAAGGAUCACCUCGUACUGCAUGCCAACUCAAUCCAAGCCCCGACGGAGAGAGAUACACCCUCGCAGCACGACCACCCGUCCGUCUGAGUGAUGUCAUGUUGACGUUAGUGGGUGAGCUGCGUUGGCAGAAGUUCAUCGUCUUCUAUGACAGUGACUACGAUAUCCGUGGACUGCAAGUCUUUCUGGACCAGACAUCAAGACAGGGUUUGGAUGUGUCUCUGCAGCGAGUGGAUAGGAACAUCAGUGGUGUGUUUUCCAAUUUGUUCACCUCCAUGCGCACAGAGGAGCUCAACCGCUACAGAGACACUCUAAGAAGAGCUAUCUUGCUCCUGAGCCCACGUGGAGCACAGGUCUUUAUCCAUCAGGCUGUGGAGACUAACCUGGCCUCUAAAGAUAGUCACUGGGUGUUUGUGAAUGAGGAGAUCAGUGAUACUGAGAUUAUGGAGCUGGCCCAUAGUUCCUUGGGGAGGAUGACCGUCAUCAGGCAGAUUUUUCCUCUGUGGAAGGAUAGCAGUGUGAGCUGUAUGAGGAACAACCACCGUAUCUCCUCACUGCUCUGCGACCCUCAGGAGGGGUAUCUGCAGUCGCUGGAGGUGUCCAAUUUGUACCUUUAUGAUAGUGUGUUGAUGCUGGCCAAUGCAUUCUACCGGAAAUUAGAAGAUCGGAAGUGGCACAGUAUGGCCAGCCUAAACUGCAUCAGGAAGUCAACCAAGCCCUGGAAUGGAGGCUGGUCCAUGCUGGAGACGAUCCAAAAGGGCCGUAUAACUGGUCUCACCGGAAUAAUGGACUUCAUGGACAAUGGAUCAAAUUCCCAUGUUCAGUUUGAGAUUUUGGGGACCAGCUUCAGUGAAACAUUUGGAAAAGACAUAAAGCGAGUGAGUUCAAUAGUUCAGUUUUUAGUACCUGAUAUUGUUACCCAGACUGACAUUUUGACACCUUACCUCUGUGUCAAACAGCCAAGAGGCAAGUGUAAACAGCACUGA